CCUGAGGUGUCCAGAAACACGCAGAUACAACGCAAAUAAACAUAAAACUGUUAUUUCAUAUUUUAGGGAGUCAAUGGACAAACUGUUGAUGAAAAUGAAACGAGCAGAGGCACAUUUUGUUAGGUGUAUCAAGCCAAACAAACAGCAGCGAAAGGAUACUUUCAAUUCCCAGUAUGUAAAAGAACAACUGUUAUAUAAUGGUAUAACUGAAAUAGCUAAAAUUAGGAAAAAUGGCUAUCCGAUCAGGAAACGGCACACUGACUUUUAUGAGAGAUAUUUUGUCCUUCAUUCGGAGUUUUGUAAGGCAUCACAGCAAAAUCCUGGCCAGCUCACCAAACGGUUAAUAGACAAAAUUAUACCAGAUGAUCUGAAAAAAUGGUGUAAAAUUGGAAAACAUCAAGUUUUCAUGAGAGAAACAGUUCACUUAUUUCUAGAAAAGCAGUUAUACAACCGCGAAAGAUUGUCCGAGAUUGUGCACAAAAUGUGGUUAGGUAUGAAAGCAAGAACAUUAUUUAAAGAAAUGAAAUCCAAAGCAGAGUCUCAAAAAAUGAAAAGAAAAGUUGAGUUUGAAGAAAUAAAAGGCAAAGACGACGAGACAAAAGGCAUGGUAACACUGAUAAGAUUGGAAGACACACUCUCUAAAACCCCGACUCAUACAGAAGUAUGGACAGCUAAGAGGAUGAUGCCCAAUAAUGUGUCUGAUCAAAUGAGCAGUCACAGUAAACCUGACUCCCCACAAUUACGCAAACGUACAACUGAAGAAAAGACAUUCCCUUCAAUAAUUAAACAAGACAUUGCUACAGGAUCCGCUAUUCCUGACCAACAUUACGGUCUUGAUACUGGUAAUACAGAUGAGCAGAAGAAAAAGGAAUAUAGAAGUAAAGAAAAACCAUUUUGGGAUAUAUUCAGCAAUGUACCGAGAGAGAAAAAGACUAGAGAUGUUCAUGAGAGGAUUAGCCUCAGAGGCAUAAAAUUGGUAAUUUAUGGACUUUUGUUUCUUCUUGUGUUUUGUUCUCUUGUGGUCCAGAAGAUAAGUUUGAUGCUGCUUGUGAACUACGAGAAAGAAGAGAGUAACAACAAGUCUUUAAAUGGAACAGUUACCAAAAAGGAGGAAGACUCUGAUUUCCUGCAUGCUAGAUAUUUUCUCUUGGUUGUUGCAAUAUGUAUACCUUAUGUACUGACAGUGGUUGUUGGAUUUUUUAGAGUAUUAUUUGGAAACAUAAAGUCCCCUACCAAGAAAACAAUGCUUGUGGUACUUACCAUUGAGUGCAUGCAUUCCGUUGGGUUAGGAUUCCUUGUUUUCAAAGUGUUGGGAGAGCUGCAUGUAGCACAUGGCAUUAUGGUAUUAAAUGCAACUUGUUUUGUACCUAGCUUUCUCCAUCUUUUCACUACAAGAGAAUCAACAGAUGGCAAUUUCGACAUGAAAAGUCGCAAGAUGUGCAAGAGAUUCACUGACACUAGCAUGAACAUACUAGCAUGCUUGGCGCAAAUAUCAGUUAUACCUCUGGUUAUUUACUUCGAUAUGUAUAAAAAUGAUGUCUCAACAGAAGAAAUUAUUUAUAUUAUAAGUAGCUUUCUCCUUUGUUCUUUGUCAUGGUGGGAAAAUUUUAUACCUGAUGGAACGUCAAAGAAAAACACAGCAAACAAUAAAAAUGUUGAGCAAUUCAUUUUAAGCAUAAAAUUUGACUUACAAGAAAGUCGGCCAUUCAUUACAGCAAUAUCGGCUCUGUUCAAAGUUGGGGUCACAAUUGUAAUUGGUGUCCUGUUACCAGAACCAGAUCUCAGUUUAGUCACUGCAUGGGAGGGUCUGACGAUUGAUGACAUAUUCAAAUUCACACCAAUAAUUCUUAUAACAACGAGUUCAUUUGUUGCUUACUACAUGGCAUAUACUGCAUGCAGGUUGAAAUUACAAGUGUUUUCUUUUUCAUUUGCUUGCUUCUUGUCAACGCCUGCUGCUGUUGCAAUUGCAAUGACUAACUGUAAAUACAACUUUUUAUCAACAUUCAGCAUAGACAGUUUAAAUUGCCAGGAAGAAGGUUCGAUCGAUUCUUUCAUGUAUUUUAUUUGGGGUUUUAUAUGGUUCAUUUCAAUAUACUGGAUUGCCAGGCACAUAUGGAGUCCAAAUCAAGAGAGACUAGCAAAGGUGGACAAAUUGUUUUUGAGUCCUCUAUACUGUAGCAUUCUCUCGGAACAGCACUUACUGAUGAAUAGACGAAGACAAAUCAGACGGAUAAGAAAAGAUUUUGUGAACGCGGUUGAAGUAUUUAGGAUUGCUGUUGAUGAUAAUAAAACAUCUUUCAAAAAGAUACCUCCAAUGAUAUAUGCUUGUGCAACCAUGUGGCAUGAAAAUCGACAGGAAAUGGUGCAAUUACUAAAGUCAUUAUACAGACUUGACACAGACCAGUUUGUAAGACAGAAGGCUGUUGAAACAUAUAUUUUACAAAAUGAAGGUGAAGAAGUGAUAACCGGAGAAUUUGAGUAUUACGAAUUCGAAGCUCACAUUUUAUUUGAUGAUGCUUAUGAAUUGGAUGAUAAUGAAGAAGAAAUGGUGCCUAACAAAUUUGUGAGACUGUUUACCGAGGUCAUGCAGGAAGCUGCAAAUGCAAUCCAUAAGAAAAACGUAGAGCUUAGAAAGCCGAGAAUAAUUCCAUCUCCCUAUGGAGCACAGUUAGUAUUUCUACUUCCUGGAAACAACUUAAUGUAUGUUCAUCUCAAAGACAAGAAUAAAAUACGACACAGGAAGAGGUGGUCCCAGGUAAUGUACAUGUACUACCUACUUGGCUAUCGCUUAGGAAAUGAAUGUAAGGAAAGAAUAAAACUUUACUUGAAAGAAGACAAAUUUGAUGACCACAUCACAUGGGAUACUGAAAAGAAAGAUGGAAAAUUUGGGAAAAGCCAGAUAUUUAAUUUUCUGGAUGAUGAAGUCUUGUAUAGGGCUGAAAAUACGUUCAUAUUAGCUUUAGAUGGAGAUGUGGAUUUUACUCCGAAAGCUGUAAGAUUGCUUAUUGAUAGAAUGGUUAAGAAUGAGGAGUUAGGUGCUGCAUGUGGUCGUAUACAUCCCAUUGGCAAAGGUCCAAUGGUAUGGUAUCAAAAAUUUGAGUACGCCGUGGCCCACUGGUUACAGAAAUCGACAGAGCAUGUCCUUGGAUGUGUUUUAUGCAGCCCGGGAUGUUUUAGUCUCUUCCGUGGAUCAGCUUUAAUGGAUGACAAUGUCAUGAGAAAGUAUACUAUCAAACCCACAGAAGCCUCACACCAUCUUAUGUAUGACCAAGGUGAGGAUCGCUGGUUGUGUACAUUGCUGCUUCAGCAAGGAUAUAGAGUAGAUUAUGCUGCUGCCUCAGAUGCCUAUACUUAUGCACCCGAAGGAUUUGGAGAAUUCUUUAAUCAAAGAAGGCGUUGGAUGCCAUCAACAAUUGCUAAUAUUAUGGAUUUACUAACAGAUGCACGAAACACUGUGUCUAUAAAUAACAAUAUCAGUUGGCUGUAUAUGAUUUAUCAAGGAGCUUUGAUGUUGUCGACCUUGAUUGGACCUUCCACAGUAGUUAUGAUGAUAGCAGGAGCAUAUCUAACGGUUUUUCAAUUAAAUCUUCUUACAUCUUAUGCAAUAGCUCUUUCGCCAGCUAUUUUGUACAUGAUAAUAUGCUUUACUGUAAAGCCUAAAUACCAGAUUAUGAUUGCAGAAAUAUUCAGCGCCAUUUAUUCAUUCAUCAUGAUGGUCGUAUUAGUUGGGUGUCUCAUUACAGCCGUUCAGCAGAGUCCCUAUCACCCAAGUGUGAUUUUCCUUGGCUCAAUGGUCUUUAUUUUCGUUUUUGCUGCCGUUAUUCACCCAUGGGAAUUUCAUUGCAUUUUUUACGGACUACUGUACUUUGUGUCUAUUCCUAGUGGAUUCUUAUUAUUGAUUAUUUAUUCCCUGUGUAAUAUGAACUCUGUAUCUUGGGGGACACGUGAAGUUGCUAAGAAAAAAUCACAAAAAGAAAAGGAUGAAGAAGAAAGAAAGAAAAUCGAAAAGGAAAAGAAAAGCUGGUUCAACCGCUUUAUGCCAGUUAAUCAGCUCAAAGAUUUAAGAAGUAUAUUAGAGCUCUCAAAAAAGGAAACAAAAACAAAAGAAGACAGAGGUAUACAAACUGAAGAUUUAAAUGAAGUUGUUGUCGAUACGAAUAAAAAGAAAAUGGUCAGUUGGGUUGAUAAAACACCAGAAGAAACAAUUCAUGACAAAACUGUUAUAAUAUCAACGACGGGUAAACCUUUUGAUUUUCUGCACAAGCCAAAAUGGACGGAAGAUAACGACUUUAAAAACGGCAAAGUUAUGUCUAUGACACCAGAGGAAACAGUUUUUUGGGAAGAAUUUAUCAAAAGGUAUUUACAACCUUUAGAGGCAGACAAAAAAGAACAAAAAAGAAUGAAAAAGGCUCUUGCACAAUUAAGAAAUGAAGUUGUGGCAGGCUUUGCGUUUAUCAACCUUAUAUGGAUAUCUAUCAACUUUAUGUUUCAACUAAGAAAACCUGCAAUUAUUGAAUUUCCGAAAGCACCUGGUGCAGAGAAUGUAGAUGACGAUGUGAUAAAGAUUGACGCACUAGGUUUAAUGUUUAUUAUAUUUUUUGUUCUCAUUCUCCUGCUUCAGUUUAUUGGAAUGGUUAUUCAUAGAUGGGGGACGCUAAUGCAUCUUAUAGCCAUUACAGAGAUACCAAAUCCAUUUAAAUGUGGCAAAAUCAAAAGUCAUGAAAAUAUUGGAGACGAUGGUGCAGAGAAGAUUGAUGCAAAAACAUUGGUACGGUUUUGUGCAGAUGUAGUUGGAGAACCAAUGCCAGACUAUUCGAGUGAUGAAGAUGACGAGGAUGAAGAAGAAGAAGACGAUAAAGUAGAACAGGAACUCUCUAAUACAAUUCGAAACAACGCUGUCAGAGGAAUAAAGGGGAACAUCGGGGGAACAAGAACAACUGGGCUCGGAAUGUCGUUCAGAGAAACAAUGGUCAUAGGCAGGGAUAGUAUUUCUAAUAAUUUAAGAAGUACUCUGUCAAGCCCUAAUUUCAGACAGACAGCACGAAAUAUGAUAGCUAUUUCCAAGCGAAAAUAUGACGACGGGUCGAAACCACCUCCAAAGGGCAACGUAUUAAAAUACCGAAAAAAUAAUCCAUCAAGAUCAAGGACUGAUUGGGAACAAGCAAAAAAGUUUGGAUCAACUAAACCAAUUUUCCAAAAUUUUAUUAACGAAAUUCAAAAUGAUCGAGACCUCAAACACAAAGUAAGAGGCAUAGAAAAACAAACGACAGGUGAUAAUCUUAAGAGAACAUUACGCCGUGAGACUUCCGCAGAUUUUGAUGAACCAGUUAAUGAGAAAUUAAGUGGUGCAGUCGGUACUUUAAGUCGUGCUUUCUACAAAAAUCUAAAUCAAAAAACAAAAAAUAAAAUCGAAGAAAAUCCAGUUUCCAGCGGAAGUAAUUCCAGCAGCAGAUUACGUUUUAGAGAAACAACCGAAACAAUAACAUCACUUUAAUGGACAAACAGCAAAAACUCACAAACAGUUCCCCUUUGUGUAACACAAUAUUGUACUUAUUGUGUAUACAUAAGCAUUUAAGUUGUCUUAUUUGAUAAAAUAUGGUUAUCUA